CAAGGAUUGCAAAGGAUCGUUCCGAUCCGGUUUCUUUUUGAAAUAGAUGGUGGGCACAGCCGCUGCCAACGGCGGCGGGGGAAGCCGCGAGCGGCCGUUCGGAUCCGGGACGGUGAGGUUCACGGCGUCGCUCCUGGUCGGACUGCUCGGAAUCGCGGUCUCCCUUCUGCUGUGGCCGGAGACUCCCGGCAGCGGGAACCCCGAUCCCUCCGGGCUUCUCGCGUUCCGACCGGAACUGUACCACGGGGAGGGAACGACGCGCCACUUUUUCGAGGGAUGGUACCACAAGCUGGUCCGGACCCGAACCCCGUGCCCCGGAGGCAACGGACCUAGUGAGAGCAAGAACGAGAACGAGAGUGGCGAGAACAAUAUCUCCCUAGCCGUGGUUCCCGGGGUCUUUUACGACCACGGCGGGGGAAACGGCAAGAACGAAUCGCACGCCUUUGUCUUUCUGGUCGUCAAUGGCGAGAAACAGCACUACUACCGGUUUGACCUAGACACCGAGUUUGGAUUCCUCGCACCGKGAGCAACGGGCGGUGCCUCCGGCAGCGACAUCGACACCCCCUACGUCCGGAUCGGAAACAACACCUUUUCGAACCACGGCGUGUCCCUCGAUCUGGUACCGCGGGACGGCGACGACGCCUCCGUCUCCCUGCGGGGCUCCGUCCGGUACGGACCUCUGGCCCCGUGGCCGAUCCCCUCGGCCCGGAACCUCGGUGCCAUGGGACCGGUGGGACACUUCCUGGCGCCCUUUCUCGAAUGCCACCACGACGUCCUGAGCUUUGACCAUAGCCUGGAGGGGAGGCUGGAGGUUUCUUCCCGGGACGAAACCCAAGGCGGCGGCGGCAGCAGCACCUAUGCGGAAGACUUUUACGACAGCGAGUGCGGCUCUGGAAGGGAAACCGGGGUUGCCGUGCGGUCCCGCGGAUACGUCGAAAAAGACCGAGGCCGGUCCUUCCCGUCCCUCUGGAUAUGGAUGCAGACGAAUUCCUUUCCCCGGCACCCCGGAACCUCGGUCUUUUUUUCGGUAGCCCGGAUACCGAUCCUGCUGCCGGCCUUCCUCCGCUCGCUGCUGCGGGGGCUCGCCGAGCCGGAGUUUCCGGGGUUCACCGCGGCGGUGUGGCUCGGUGGCUCGGGCGAGACGGAACCGAGGGGCCUGGUUCCCUUUGCCACCUGGACGGGCGCCUACUUCGAGGACCUUUCCGUCGAGGACGACCGCGUGGUGGCCGUCCUCGACUCGGGGGGCAUCGGGGGCGGCCUCGCGGAGGCACUCUGGCCGUCCGAGAGCGCAGCGGACGCCGGCGACCUGCUGGUGCGGCUCGGCCGGUAUUCCCGGGCCUGGAUCGGGUCCUUCUUCGUCGGCUACGACUCCCGCGCGCUGCGGUACCGGCUCGAGCUGGAGGUGGACCGGAGGGUCCCGCACGCGCUGCUGUACGCCCCGACCGCCCGGAGGAUGGAGCAAGCCGUAAGGGAGGCCCUGGCCGCACGGAUCCGCGUCAGGCUCUACGAGUACCGGACCGGGGCGGGGGAAGACGCCCUUCCCCGGCUGCUCCUCGACGACACCGGGGAACACGCCGGGCUGGAGGUCCACCGGAACGUGCGGUACCUAGUGGACAACCUGUGCGGGAGGCCCACGGCGAGGAGCAGGCUGGCCUGCCUGUGAGCGAGGACCCCCACGCGCUAUCGCACCAACUCGACGGCACGAUGCGCCACGCCGGCGGGGCUGCAAGGCAUUCUGUUUCGGCAUAGCAUAGCAUAU